AUGCGAGGAGCCCCGGUGGGAGAGCAGACGGUGUUGGGGUCUGUAGGUCGAGGAAACUUCUCUGUGCUGUGGACGGAGGAGGGGCGGGUGCGGGGAGGGUUUCACUGCCGCUACGGGGAGGAGGAGGACGGGGAGACGCGGGACCCGUUCGAGGUGCUGCGACGGCUCGUGGAAGAAAAGUUGACAAGAGAGCAAGUGGAAAGAGUAGUCAAGUGCCGCUCGAUCUUUGAGGUGAGGAGAGGAAACGGAAAUGAUGGAGAUGAUGAUGACGAUGAUGAUGGAGAUGAUGAUGAUGGAGAUGAUGAUGAUGACGACGACGACCAUGUCGAUGGAGAUGAUGAUGAUGAUGAUGAGGAAGAUGAUGAGGAAGAUGAUGAUGACGAUGAUGACGAUGGCGAUGGCGAUGACGAUGACGAUGACGACGACGAUGACGACGACGACCAUAACGAUGAAAAUGAUGGAAUGAUGAUGGAGAUGUCGAUGGAGAUGAUGAUGAUGACGACGACGAUGAUGAUGAUGACGAUGACGACGACCAUGACGAUGGAGAAGGUGGAAUGA